GCGAGCGAGUGCAGUGGAGCGGCACCAUGCACGGCGCGCCGCAGCGCCACGCCAAGCAGUUCCGGCGCAGCCUCACCGUCUCCGAUGACCCGUUCCGGGCGCCGCCUCCCCGCUUCACGGCCAGCCAGACGUCGCUGCCGUGCGGGCCGAGCGCCAAGGCGUCUGCAGCAGCGCGGGGCAACCAGCAGCAGAUGUCGGACCUGCCCGUGGAGAGCGCGGACAACGGUGACGUGGCCUCCGUGAUGGACAGCCUGCACAAGAAGGGUCUCGUCCGCCCCCAGGCGGCCACCUCCGCCGCCGCCGCCGUCACGCAGAUGGUGGCCAACGCGACGAGCGCCAGCACCAGCAGCAGCAGCAGCUCGUCGCGCGUCGCCAAGACGUGCUCGACGUCCACGUCGUCGUCGUCGACGUCGUCGUCGUCGUCGCGCGUCCACCACGUGACGUCGUCCAGCACGAGCAGCAGCAGCAGCUCGAGCAGCGAGAUGAAGGCGUCGUCCAUGAAGUCGGACCUGUCCGAGCUCAAGUCGAGCAUCUCGGAGAUGAAGAACAUCUCGAGCAGCGCGGCCAACUUCAGCUGCCGGCAGCUGCACACGUGCGGCUCGCUCGAGGAGCUGGACGAGCAGCCGGGCCCGGCCGACGAGCCGGUCGUCACGUUCCCGCCCGAGCCCGACUCGCCGUCGCCGCCGUCGCCGUCGCCGCCGCCGCCGCCGCCGCCGGCCGCCGCCGCCGUCGCCGCCGUCGCCGCCGUCGCCGCCGACACGCUGCAGCUGGAGCAGAGGCGCGUGCUGUCGGCGUCGGCGUCGAGCACGCGCACGCUCGUGGACGGCGCGACGGCCACGGCCGAGCUCACCUUCCAGCAGCAGCAGCAGCAGCAGCACCAGCAGGCGGCGGCCGCGCUGCGCGCCAGACUCGACGCCGACGGCCUCUCCGGCGACAGGUCGCUCGCGCUCAAGCAGGAGCAGCGGCUGCUGAAGGCGGGCGACGUCGCGCACCAGGAGGGCCAGGGCGUCGCCGCCUCCAGCAUGAAGGUGCACGCCAACGUGUACGCGGCCGAGCAGAAGGCGAUGGCGGCGCAGCAGCAGCGCCACACCGUCAGCUCGGCGGGGGGGCGUCAUCAACCAGGAGAAGCACGUGUCCUCCUCCUCGCAGUCCAACAUCACCAUCACAACCAAGGCGUCUGCACCAAGUCCGUGGUCGCGUCCGCUUCCCAGAUGAGUCAGUUGGUGAACGGCCACCUCAGAUCGGCGGAGGACGAGCUGCUGAGCGAGACGUUCCAAGACCUGGACCAGCUGUCGGCCAACUCGAACCCCAAGGAGGUGGAGAAGGUGAUCGUCAAGUACUCGCAGUGCCUGGAGCGGCUGGUGCAGAGCCUGGAGCGGGGCGGGGGCGGCGGGGGCGGCGCGGCGGCGCGCGUGCCGCAGGCGCUGGACCGCGUCAACGAGCUGGUGCGGCGCGCGUGGUCGGUGCCGCGGCACGGCCACGAGCUGGGCUACUCGCUGUGCAACGCGCUGCGCGUGUGCGGCGCGCUCGACAUGCUGGUGCGCAACUGCUCGUCCGACGACGGCGAGCUGCAGUUCUCGAGCGCGCGCCUGCUCGAGCAGUGCCUCACCACCGAGAACCGCGCGCACGUCGUCGAGUGCGGCCUCGAGAAGGUGGUGAAGGUGGCGUGCGUGUGCAUCCGCAACUCGCGCGGCAGCACCGUCGACCACUCGCGCGUCGGCACCGGCAUCCUCGAGCACCUCUUCAAGCACAGCGAGGGCACCUGCAGCGACGUCAUCCGGCUGGGCGGGCUCGACGCCGUGCUGUUCGAGUGCCGCAAGAACGACGUGGAGACGCUGCGCAACUGCGCGGGCGCGCUCGCCAACCUGUCGCUGUACGGCGGCGCCGAGAACCAGGAGGCCAUGAUCAAGCGCAAGGUGCCCAUGUGGCUGUUCCCGCUCGCCUUCCACAACGACGACAACAUCAAGUACUACGCCUGCCUGGCCAUCGCCGUGCUCGUCGCCAACAAGGAGAUCGAGGCGGCCGUGCUCAAGUCGGGCACGCUCGACCUGGUCGAGCCGUUCGUCACCACCCACAACCCGUUCGAGUUCGCCAAGUCGAACCACGCGCACGCCCACGGCCAGAGCAAGAACUGGCUGCAGAGGCUGGUGCCCGUGCUCAGCUCGAAGCGCGAGGAGGCGCGCAACCUGGCCGCCUUCCACUUCUGCAUGGAGGCGGGCAUCAAGAAGCAGCAGGGCAACACGGAGCUCUUCCGCGAGAUCGGCGCCAUCGAGCCGCUCAAGGUGGUGGCCAGCUGCCCCAACGCCGUCGCCUCCAAGUACGCGGCCCAGGCGCUGCGCCUCAUCGGCGAGGAGGUCCCCCACAAGCUGAGCCAGCAGGUGCCGCUCUGGUCGACGGAGGACGUCAGGGAGUGGGUCAAGCAGAUCGGUUUUGCCGAGUACGCCAACAACUUCACCGAGAGCAGGGUGGACGGCGACCUGCUGCUGCAGCUGACCGAGGAAAACCUGAGGGACGACAUCGGCAUCGCCAACGGCAUCCGCAGGAGGAGGUUUACGAGGGAGCUGCAGAACCUGAAGAAGAUGGCCGACUACAGCAGCCGCGACGCCGGCAACCUCAACACGUUCCUGCAGACGAUCGGGCCGGAAUUCUCCAUCUACACGUACUCGAUGCUGAACGCGGGCGUCGACAAGGACUCGAUCAGGUCCCUGUCCGAGGAGCAGCUGGCCAACGAGUGCGGCAUCACCAACAGCAUACACCGGCUGCGCAUCCUCAACUCCAUCAGGGAGAUGGAGACGGGGCUGGGCAGCUCCUACGACGAGAGCCCCGACAAGUCGCUCGACGUGUUCGUCAGCUACAGGCGCUCCAACGGCUCCCAACUGGCGAGCUUACUGAAGGUCCACUUGCAGCUCCGGGGCUUCUCCGUCUUCAUAGACGUGGAGAGGCUGGAGGCGGGCAAGUUCGACAACAACCUGCUGCAGAGCAUCCGGCAGGCGAAGCACUUCCUGCUGGUGCUGACGCCCAAGGCGCUCGACCGCUGCAUCGGCGACACCGACUGCAAGGACUGGGUGCACAAGGAGGUGGUGGCGGCGCUGCAGUCGCAGUGCAACAUCAUCCCCAUCAUCGACAACUUCUCGUGGCCGGACGCGGAGGAGCUGCCCGAGGACAUGCGCGCCGUCUGCCACUUCAACGGCGUCAGGUGGAUCCACGACUACCAGGACGCGUGCGUGGACAAGCUGGAGCGCUUCCUGCGCGGCGAGAUGAGCGUGCGCGCCGAGGGCCCGGGCUCGGUGUCUCGCAUCGGGCUGGCCGGCAAGGGCGACGCGACGCCGGGCGGCAGCAGCGGCGCCGCGACGCCGCUGCCCCUGGGCGGCGGCCGCCAGCCGCCCUACCAGCGCAUGCACUCCAACGACAGCGGCAAGGGCAGCGCCAGCGACAAGGACAACGGCGGCCCGCGCGACUGACUAGAUGGUGCCCGCGCCUCGGCCAGCUUACAGAGACUGCAGCAGCCGCAGCCGCAGCCGCAGCCGCAGCCGGGCAGCCCGCCGCGGCGGCCCGCCCUCCGCCCCCGCCAGCAGCCGCCCGCCAGCCCGCCGCGCCGCGGCUCGGC